UUGAUUUGUUUUUAAUAACAUCUUGUACAGCUAUUGCAAACCAUUAUGAAGUAGUAACGUCAGCAUUUAAAACGUUGGGCUCCAAUGAAAACAAACAGAACGAUACUGCACAACUAAACGAAAGCUUAUUAUCCAUCAUCUCGGAUAAUCAAAAUUUAUAUAUAUGCAUGGAAAAAUUGUGUUCCUUGAUCCGUCUUAGUGUAUUAACUCAAACAACUGGUGCUGCGUCAUCAACACUUAUAGUGGCGACAUAUCUAAUAGUAUUAAACUUGUUUUCAGUUCCAUACGAUAUGUUUACAUUGUUGAAAUACUUUAUUGUGCUUGUGGCGUUCGGUACACAAUUAGCUACUUUUACUUACUUCUUGGAUCGUAUGAAUAACAAAAAGGAUAAUGUCAAUUUUGGAUUAUACAGCUGUAACUGGACAGCGAUGGAUAUCGGUUUUAAAAAGACGUUGCUGCUGGCAAUGGGUAUAAAUAACUCUAAUCGUUUGGCAAUUAAAGCAACGCCAGCAAUAAUCAUUAACCUGGAGUGUUUUUUAAAAGUUUUAAGAGUAUCGUAUACAAUACUCUCAGUGAUGAUAAAUACCAGACAUACAUCUUCAGGUUAAAUUUAACAAGAUUCAAAACAGCACACCGAACCUUCUAACACUGAUAUGUCCGCGUAAUCGUCAUAUUUAAUUAUUGUACUUUUAUAGCUAUA